UUAGUCAGAAAAGGCACCUGCAGCAAUUUCUAACUACAAUACCAUACACACUCAUCACAGCAACCCCUGGUUCAGUCAUUUAACUGCUUGAGUGUUUUACUGCAGAGCUGUUUUGUGCAAUUUAGUUAUGUAGAAAUAGACCUAUUAUUAAAAAAUAAUAAUGAUUCAUAACAUCCACUUAUUUUCAAGCAACAUGUCUUUAAUAAAGGAUUGCAUGUUUCUAAGAGGGAAAGGAUCCAUAAAUGACUAGGCUGGAUUACUCAAGGGGUCGAAGGUGUGGAACACAGGUUGAGAUUAUUCCCACAUGUACAGAGGCCACAGCCUGGAGCAUAGCUGCCUUUGAAAGACUGUGAUUAUCUGCCUUUUUGUAAUGAAGAUGGCAAAGAAGCUGGUGAUCAUCGACACAGACUGCGGCAUAGACGACGCUCAGGCGCUGAUGAUGGCCUUAGCAGCACCUAACAUUCAAAUCCUGGGCGUGACCUGUGUGUUCGGAAACACGUGCGUCCAAAACGUCUGUCAGAACGUUUUGAGGGUGCUGUCCGUCUGCGAGCGAGAAGGGAUUCCAGUGUUUCGGGGCUGUGCUGGUCCUCUCGUUGGAGCCAGCAGCCCACCCACUGACCACUUUGGAACGGACGGACUUGGGGAUGUGAUUAAAGACAGAGACCCGCAGUGGGAGGAGAAGAGCCAGAGGGAGCACGCAGUCGACGCCAUGAUCAGACUGGUGUCUGAAAACCAGAAGCAGGUCUCCUUGGUGGCGCUUGGUCCGCUCACUAAUCUGGCAGUGGCUGUAAAGCUGGAUCCAUGUUUCCCCAAAAAGCUCAAAGAUCUGUACAUCAUGGGUGGCAACAUGGAAGGAAAAGGGAAUUUAACGCUUAAUGCAGAAUUUAACUUUGCGAUGGAUCCGGAGUCUGCCUAUAUUGUUCUUGAAGAAUUCCUCUGCCCUACGUACCUGGCGUCCUGGGAGUACGCGUGCAGAAAUAAGCUGACAUGGGAGUUCUUUGAAGAGCUGAUCAACCAGGAUGCGCCUGCUGCGCGCUUCAUGAAGACCAUAACGUCCAAAUGCUGGGCCUACUCCAAGGAGGCCAUGGUCUCCAAGAGGGACGUGUACUUUGGAUCGGGCUUCGUCUCGUACGACGCGUACGCGAUGGCAGCCUGCAUCGACGGCGCCGUGGUCACAGAGAGCAUCCAGUGCCCGGUCCGCGUGGAGCUGCAGGGUUUGAUGUCCCGUGGUAUGUUGACACUGGACCGCACCAAUGCGCUGAAGAAGAGCCACAGCGUGUUUGUUCUGACUAAAUGUGACACUGCAAAGUUUAGUCGACUGCUGCUGGAGUCGCUCAGGCAGCCCAGCAUGAAGCCAAAGGUCGAGUGCUAGGAAGCAUUUCCCACCAAGAUCACAACAAUAUGGACAAAGAACGUUUAUGCAUCCAGAGUCAAAGAACACAGUCUACAUGGGUUUUUCAGAGCAAGGGAAAAUGAACUAGCUGUACUUUGAUCCUUGGCCAGAUAACAGGAGCAUAUCGUUCUUUAAUAUGUCACCAGUUUUUAACUACAUAGAUCAGCGGUGGAAGAAGUACGCAAAUCAUUUGUAGACGUAAAGGAGGCAUGUGGUGAAGAUGGGGGUGAUUUUAUCUCGUGUACAGCGAGCUAGUUCAUUUGAAAUAAUAAUUUUAGCUGAUUAUAUUUUGGAUCAGGAAUCAGCAGCUGCUGAAUAAAGUAAAGAAAAACACCAGCUGCUGUUUAAACAUUUGUAAAAUAUGAAAAAGAUCACUUUAUUAAGGACAGAUGAUUUUAAAGCAUUUUGUAUCUGAGCUACUUUGUCAAAGAAAUAUGUGAAAUUACAGUUCUUAAAAAGCUA